UGUUGUCAUUUUAUUGUUAUUUUGCGUUGCGAUAGAAAAUGAUUUUCCUCGACACUCGCAGUCGCUAGUCGCCAGUCAGUGUUAGUUGUUCUUGUUCUUUGGAAUUGCAUUGAUCGGUUAACUUUAAGCAAACAGUGAUAUUUUGCGUCUAUUUCUACUUCAGUUUAAAUAGUUGAUAUUAAUGUGUUUCAGUAAAAAUAUCAAUUAUAUACUUUUAUUUUAUGACUUUUAGAAGAUUGGUGUUGUUUUACUAGAAAAUAUAGAAGAUCCAGAAAAAUAUGAUACGGGCCCUAGUAGCCUAUACGGCUACGCUGUCUUUGCUGAUGGGCGUGCGCGGGCAGCCGAUAGAAUGUCAGUUCGAUGAUCAAUGCCAGAGCGGUUUCUAUUGCGUUUCUGAUGCCUUCGUGUGCCGAAGAUGUCUUGACUGUGAACUAUUAAAACGCGACCCAUCACGCGCUCCCUCUACCUGCAUAAAGUCUGUUGCGGAGUGUGGAUCAUGUAUCAAAGGGCUUGUAGAAGAUCUGCGCGGUGAUGUGAGUGCCGAAUGCGUGCAGCCCGAUACGCGCGGCGAUGCGUCGUCGCCGUCCGUAUUCGUGUGGGUUGCGGUUGCCAUCGGCCUGCUACUAUUUCUCGUGUUGGUCGCCGUCAUUCUUAUCUGCCUCCUUCGCAACACAUACACUUAUAAAAUAUUGGCCUCGAUGCGCACGUCGGUGCAGUCGCAGAGUGCGGGCGCGGCGGCGGGCGCGGGCGCGGGGUGCGUGGCGAGCGCGCCCGAGCUGCCGCCCGCGUACGACGCGCACUACAGCGCUGAGCGAGCGCCUGAACCGCCUCGGCUGCACGACUACUGCACUCAGCACAACGGGGAAGAAUCAUCAUGGCCAUUCAUAAAGCGUGCGCCGUCGACGCGUGUGUCGGAAGCGCGCGAAUCUGCGGGAAGCCAGGCCGCUCGCGUCUACAACAACCCCAACUACGUGCGCGGCCCGCACUUACCCUCCACAUACGACGGCACGGGUGUGACCGCAGCAGGUGCGGCCGACACGGUGCCGAGCGACGACGAGCGAGACGCGUUCGUUCACGACGAGGACACCAUGGAGAGCACGUGGUCGCCCGCCGUGCUGCGCGACGACAACGGGAAUGCGGUGACAAGCACGAGUGCAGGCGGCGUGGGCGGUGCCAGUGUGGCGGGCGAGCUGGUGGGGCUGCUGGUCCCCGCGCGACCUGCGCCGCUGUGCGCCCGACAGGAUAACAACAAUAGGACCGAAAGCAACAGGAACACUAGUGAGGCUCUCGGAGCCGGAGAGAACAGCAGCAACGGUGCAUCCAACAACAUGCCCUCUUUCAUCAUUAACGUAGUCCAGAGCAUCAACGCCGUGCAGCAACAGAACGACGUCACGCUUUGAUCAUCGCCAUUGAGCAUCACAGUAUGUAAAAAAAGGAAACCACUCGACGCGUCCAAAUAUUCGUCGCUACCUGGCAGAGUCAGUUAACAACAUACAUACCUAAAGUGCCUUGUUUCGCUGUGCAAUACUUACGUACAAUUGCUCAAUUUACUCAUCGAGAUUAUAAGCAUUUAUUAAUAUUCGUCAGCGGAGUGUCUCAAAUAGGUUAGUGAAGUGCGAUUUUGUUGCCGGUGCUUCGUGACUUUAAAUAUACUGUCGUUUUUAAUUAGGAUGAAUGUUUUUUUUCCUUCGCAGCAUUUUUAGGAGUGUUGGUUGUAAUACCGACAUUUAUGAUUAUUGUGAUUCAGUGGAUUGUUGUAUUUAUUUUCUUUUAACAAAUUGUUUUUAAGUAAGUGCGAUAUUACUUAAUAGAUUAGUUAAAUUUCAAGUAUAAAUAAUGUAAUGACGUUUAUAAAUUUCGGUUUCUUUGUUCUUAUUAGAUAAAGUAAUAAUUAAAAAAAUAUUGCUCAAUGUACUGUCCUUGAAAAGUCAAUACAUAAUUGAUCUUUGACUGCUGAAGCACUUAUAAUUUUAAAUAAACUACAUUUUAUACUAAGAGAAAACAGUAUAUUUUAUAAAAUAAUUUAUAGCAAUAUUUAAAGCCUACCAAUUAGUCAGAGGUUUUAAAGAAAGAAGAGAUCAAUUCUGUUUUCAGAAAGCUGCCAAACGAACCCCUCUCAAUCAAUAAAUUUUAAACUCUUUAUGAACAUUAAUAUAUUAAUUGACAUCUGGCUAAAAUGGCUCUCUGAGACCUGCCUCGUUAUUGUCUGGUAAACUAGAAAUAUUAACUAUAACAAUUGUAUAAAAAUGCCAUAAUCUUACAUAAUUUUAGAAAGUAUUUUUUUUAUUUCCUAGUUAAAUAGGCGACGUUUUUUAUAAUUAUAAUCACCAAAAUAAUUUUACAAUUAGCUUUGUUAAUGAAAAUUUUAAGGUUUUCUGUUUAGCUUUGUUUUACAUAAUAUGAUACAUACUUUUUACAUUUAAUCACACUUUUCGAUUUGGAUUUUAUUGGAAUAAUAUGGUUUUAUAAAAUAAGAUGUUGAUGUCCUUGAUAUACAAACAAGAAAGCAAUAAUUAUAAUAAUAGAAUAUAGAUGAUGCAAGUUCUCUGAGGAAAAUUGAAUUAAAUUUCACGAUCAAUUUUAUUUCAAAUCAGUAGUAGAUUCGGAUAUUGCUGAUUACACUUUAAAUAGGCAAGUAUAGAAGUUUGUAUUGUUGCUUUUAGAGAUGUGUUAAUGGCUAAUACCAUACUGAAUCUUACAACUAUUUAUAAUGUGAUAUAAGAGGUGGAUCUGCAAAAUCACCUUUUUUGUGUAAAUUUGAUCUUGCCUUUGCAUGAAAUAUUUCGAGUAUUCUUAUAUUAUAUAAAAAAAAACCUUAUUUUAAUGAAACAUACAAAAGAUGGACACAUAUAUUAUUGCAUAUAUGACAUUAAUCAAAAUAUAUAUUCUAUGUAAACAUAAAUUACAAACAAUUAAUAUAAAAUACAUGAUCGUCGAAAUUGGUUGUAUUUUUUUCAAAAGGAGGGAUCUUAUAAUUAUAUAAUUUAGUCUUGAUUAUAUAAUUUAGUCUUAAAGGCGUGUUACUGUGUUGUGCCAUAAAUUGCACUAAAUUCAAUUGUACGUAUUUUGCCUAAAAAUAGGAUUAAAUUGGAUUACAAGCGAUACUAGGUUUAAAAAUUAAUUACUCGAAAGUGAUUUAUGUUCUUAUUUUAUAGUAUGUAAUAUAAAUUUUUGUACUCUUUCUCUCUUUUAUAUAUAUGUAUAUUUAUAGUAUGUAUUUUAUUAAUAGUUUUUGUAUUUUGGUAUUUGGUCUUUAAUUAGAUAAGUGAGUAACAAUAGCAGUUGUGAUGUUUGGAAUCUUGAUGCAGAUCUGAAAUGGUACUUCUAUAUUGUUAUGUCAGUAACAUUUUAUUAUUUACUUAUAAAAAGAGAAUCUUAAGACAUUCGCUAUGGUUAUAUAUUAUAACACAUUUGGUGUUUUUUUUUUAAAUACGAAAAUUUUUUUCAUAGUGAAUGGGUUUUUUUAAAAUCAAAAAGUAAAGUGUGAUCCUGGCGUUAGUUAAUAUAAAAUGUUGCACAAGGUUUACAAAAAAAAAAAAAAAACGAUUUUUUUUAUUGCUAUAUUAGUCUUCUAAUGAAUAGUCUUCCUGAAUUUAAAAUUAUAUCUAUAUAAAUAUAUAUAUAACUGUAUUUAAAAAUACUAAUAUUCAUUAAAAUUAAAUAUUUUAUAAUAUUUUUGAAUACCAUAAUAUGUAUGCUAGGAUGAUGAUGAUUGCUUGCAUGCAGCUGAUUUUUAUUGAUACUCGUUAAUAUCUUGACAUAAUGUCAAGUAAUUUUAGUAUAUAAUAGUUGAUUAGUUGUGAUUUAAGAUUAAAGCAUUACAUAAUAUUUAAAAGUCUCUAAUACGCGCUAAUGUUACUUUUAAUUUGAGGCUCAAUUAGUCUUUUAAACUUUAUUCGUAUUAGAGUACUUUUUUAACGAGAGAGAUAAUUUAAUGAAUAUAUAAUAAAUACACUCCUGAUUUAAAAAAAACAAAACUGUAGAACCCGUUUUGCUUAGACUCAUUAUUAUUGAUUAAGAUCAUUAAUAUUGAUUUUGUUUCGGAGAUUUUCGUACUGGUUUUUUCCCAUAAAUCAUUUUGUUUUAUACGUAACCAUAACAGCCUGUGAAUGUCUCACUGCUGGGCUAAAGGCCUCCUCUCCUCUUUUUGAGGAGAAGGUUUGGAGCUUAUUCCACCACGCUGCUCCAAUGCGGAUUGGUUUUAUACGUAAAUAAUAUUAAUCGGUAAAUUAUUUUUAAACCUUGAUUUUUUUUAUUCAGAAUCUAAUUUUUAAAAACUGUUUAAUCUCAUCGAAGCUGAAUUAAUGUAAAAAAAUAUAUAAGUGUAACAAAAUCAUAGACUUCAAAGGUAAUUUUAAUAAAAUAACGCAAAGAAUAACUAUUAUUUGUGCCAUAUUGAUCGAAAACAAUUUGUAAUACCUGCUCAUAAAAUCCAUAACCAUUAAUUACCUUUACUCGCAACAAUAGCAUAUAGUUUGUAAUUGAAUGAUUACAUACUGAUAUGCAUGGACUUAUAUAUGGAGGAUGCUAUUUUGAUAAAUAAUAUGAAUUAGAAUUUUACAAUAUGCAAAAAUAUAUAAAACAGUGCCUCAAAACAAUGAACUGUCUGUGAUGUACUUUUUUAAAAGUAAAUCGUUAUUGUUAAUAUUGUUUUAAAGUAAGGCUAUAUUAAUGUAAAAUAUUCCUUGGUAGUUAAUUGUAGUUAAGGUAUGAGCAUGACCAAUGUUCUAGUCACGGCUCAGUGAAUAUAAUGUUUAACUUUAUAGAAGAAUGUUUUUACAAAUAAAACAAUAUUUCAAUUUA